AGUGCUCAUCAUCUAGUGCGACGUUUUCCGUCGUUUCUCCUCCGCGAGACACAGGCAGCAUCAGAAUGGUGUUAGCUGAAGCGCUCGUGACAUUUCAGUGGGGCUGGCCUCACAUGCAUCACUUGUUUGCCCUACUUUGUCUUGUCGCCGUUGUCUACAAAUUAAUCAUCGCGUUUUGCAAAAGGAGGGAUGUGAUUCGACAUUUUGAACGUUUUUCAGGACCACCGGGACACUGGCUUUUGGGACAUGUUUUGGAGUUUAAAGAAGAUGGGACCGACUUGGAUAUGUUAGUGAGAUGGGGACAGGAGUACCCUUAUGCCUUCCCACUGAAGUUUGGUCCAUUAGUUUGGUUCCUCAGCAUUCACCAUCCAGAUUAUGUGAAAACAGUACUGGCAUCAACAGAGCCAAAAGAUGAUGUGGCGUAUAAGUUUAUUGAAUCUUGGAUUGGGGAAGGUUUAUUGGUGUCAAAAGGUCAGAAGUGGUUUCGCCAUAGAAGGCUAUUGACCCCAGGUUUCCAUUAUGAUGUUUUGAAACCCUACGUAAAACUGAUGUCAGAUUCUGCUAAAACUAUGUUGGACAAAUGGGAAAGUUAUGCAAACACCAGCAACUCCUUUGAAUUGUUUGAACACGUGAGCCUCAUGACACUGGACAGCAUUUUGAAAUGUGCAUUCAGCUACAACAGCAACUGUCAAACCGAGAGUGGAACAAAUGCAUAUAUCACAGCAGUGUAUGAGCUCAGUAAUCUGAUUAAUAUGAGGUUCAGGAUAUUUCCAUACCACAACGACCUCAUUUUCUACCUCAGCCCACAUGGCUUCAGAUACAGGAAAGCACGCAGGGUGGCUCACAGUCAUACAGAGGAAGUCAUAAGAAAGAGAAAAGAAGCACUAAAGGCAGAGAAGGAGUUGGACCGCAUACAGGCCAAGAGAAACCUGGACUUCCUGGACAUACUUCUCUUUGCAAGAGAUGAGAAGCAGCAGGGUCUUUCAGAUGACGAUAUACGAGCAGAAGUGGACACAUUCAUGUUUGAGGGCCAUGACACCACAGCCAGUGGCAUCUCCUUCAUCCUCUACUGUCUAGCCUGCCACCCAGAACACCAGAAGAUAUGCAGGGAGGAGAUCAUUCAAGCCCUGGAUGGCAAGGACACUAUGGAAUGGGAGGAUCUCAGUCAAAUUCCAUACACCACAAUGUGCAUAAAAGAAUCCCUGCGUCUUUACCCUCCUGUGCCAGGAAUGUCCAGAAAAACAACCAAACCCAUGACCUUUUUUGAUGGAAGGACUUUGCCGGAAGGUUGUAUUGUCGGAACAAAUAUGUAUGGGAUUCACAGGAAUGCAGAUGUCUGGGAAAACCCUGAUGUCUUUGACCCACUUCGUUUCCUGCCAGAGAAUUCUUUCAGAAGGUCACCACAUGCGUUUGUGCCGUUCUCUGCUGGGCCAAGGAACUGCAUUGGUCAGAACUUUGCCAUGAAUGAGAUGAAAGUGGUGAUAGCGCUGACACUGAAGAGAUAUCAACUGAUAGAGGACCCCACAAGGAAACCCAAGAUAAUUCCUAGACUGGUGCUUCGCUCACUCAACGGCAUCUACAUCAAGAUCAUACCUGUAGACCCUCAAAUGUAAAGGGAAGUACUGGAAGCCGUAUAAUUUAGUAAGUCUGUGCACUGACAUAGAGUCUAACAGAUGAUGAUGAAGUGCAGUAUUUUGGUAAUGUGAAUGUAGUAAAAUAAGUUUUUGUGGGAGAUUAUUCGCUGAAAAAAGAAGCAAUUUUAUUUUAACACAACAAUGUUUUUAUCAUACAUUUUUCGCACUUUCUUUGUGAAAUAGGAAUACGACCUGUAUUGUGGAUGGAUAUUUACACCAAAUUAGUUUAUAAUAAAUAUGACAAGUUUAGAUAACAUUUUCCUGUCUUUGUUUGUAAAUGCAUUAUCUAAGAUAACAUAUUUUGUAAUAGAGGAACAUGUACACAAAUAUACAUGAAAAUAAAGGAUUAGUUGUGAUAAUGAAAGUCUUCAAAUCUUCACCUUCGUCUCUGCUAGCUUUGCAUACUAAGUCUUGCAGUACAAAAGUGUCUUGAUACUUCUUGUUCUUGUGGCUCUCACUUCUAGUAGUGGUUAAUAGCUGAGCCACAACAAAAGGUAUAGGUCAGCACAUUUGACAUUUAGCCUGCAUUUUUUGUUAAUUAAUUUCUAUAAACAGUAGCUAAACAUUAAGAGUGUAAUGCCGCUGUAAUGAUUGACGUCUGAUCUGUCAAAGUGAUUCAUCUGUGCCACAUGAACUCAUUUGAACCAGGUCUAAAGUCCUCGAGACGUUUAUGUUUAACCCUAGAAUAAAGUCUUAGGUAGUAUGUAAUACAAUAUGCUCUCAAUAAUUAUGCCUAUGCCGCAAUACUGUCUGCAAAUAAGCCAUCAAAGUGCUUUCACUGAGAUUACUUUUCAUUAGGUAUAAAUUUGGAAUACAGGAAGUUCAUAUCAAAACCAAAGUGCAACAUUUAAUCACAGCUGAAAACACGGUAGAGUUAUGAGUCAAAAGUAAUUCAGUAAUUCAUUUUUUAUUUACAGUCAUAUGAUUACAAAAUCCACAUGCCCACAAGCACAAAAAGUCAUCAGCACAGUUUGUAAAAAUGAAACACCUCAUCUUGUGAUAUCUGAACUUUUGCUACUUUAAAGAUCCCAUGAAAUGACAACUUCCUGGAAAACAGGGAAUCUUCAGUGGUGGCCUUAUGCUGUAUCAGAGGAUAAAAAAAAGUUCAAACAAUGAGGUCAUCCUGCGUUUUUACCAUAACUACUAGUGCAUUGGUUUACACUAAGAUAGAUACAUUUCCACAACCUGUUACAAAAGGAAAUACAGAAGAGUGUGGUGGCCUUGUGUUUAAGAUGCAUACCAUACGCUGUGACCGCAACGUCCGGUUCUCUUUGUUGUAUGUCAUUUGCUAUCUCUCUCCUUUCAUUUCCUCUGUUGUCCUUUAAAUAAAAAGCAAAAAUGCCCUAAAAUACUUUAAAAAAGGGAAAUACAGAACAUCACAUUAUGAAAGUAAGACCUUUAAACUUGGAAUACACUGUAAAGUUCCACCAGUUUGUUACGUUUUACACGGCUAACUAUGUUUUUCCUUCUACUGUGCACAAAGACACAGUUCCUAUGUCAAGUCAGUUCAGGGCAAAAAAAAUAUUAACAAUGUAAUAUAUAAGCUGCACUGUACUCUGUUGCAUGUGAAAGAUGUUAACAUGCUACAUAACCAUUAAAACAUCCUAAAUCCA